AUGGCUCCCACCGAAGACGCCAAGGCUGCGGCCGCCGAGCCGACGCCCGCCACUACCACUGCUCCGACUGAGGAGGUUACUGCUUCCCCCGCUACGACGCGCUCGCCUUCGGCUCGUAAGGCCAAGACGGCCGCCGCUGCCAAGAAGGACGAACCCGUCGCUAAGGAAGCCCCUAAGGCUAAGAAGCCGAAGGCCAAGAAGGCCCCGGCGGCUAAGAAUGCUGGCGAAAGCGGCCCUUCUUACUUUGACUUGAUUGUGGACGCCAUCAAGGAGCUUAAGGAGCGCAACGGCUCGUCCCGUCAGGCCAUCUCCAAGAUCGUGGAGAACAAGAAGGACAACUACGCUAGCCACCACCUGAACAAGGCUCUGCGUACAGCUGUUGAUGCCGGCAAGUUCAUUCAGAUCAAGGGCUCGUACAAGCUCUCGCCCGAGCUGCGCAAACCCGCUGCCUCCACGAAGAGGAGCCUCAAGGUGUCUGACAAGUCGGCCAAGACUGUCAAGAAGGUUGGUAGGGUGGCCAAGAAGUCGCCUACGGCGAAGAAGACGGCGGCCAAGAAGGUUGCUGCUAAGAAGGUGGCGGCCAAGAAGGCCCCGGCCAAGAAGACGACGGCUAAGAAGUCGCCUACCGCUAAGAAGGCUGCUGCCAAGAAGACGGUCACCAAGAAGGCGGCCCCGAAGAAGGCUGCGGCCAAGAAGUCGGCCCCUAAGAAGGCUACUGCCAAGACUACUAAGAAGACAGUCAAGAAGACGGCCAAGAAGUAAAGUGCCUCUCUGACUCA